CCGCAAAAGAAAAAUGACAGCCUCCUCUCUCUUCUCAGAAAGAGCGACGCCGCCCAGCAUCCCUCAAUUCCCCUCUCUCCUCCUCCUGCCACCCAACAAAAUGGCGAUUCUUCCACCAUGCGCUUCGCCCGUGACGUAGGUCUCGACCGCGCCUCCACAACCCCAUCACGCGAGUGGGCCGAGUCAGAACGUCUAGCACAGUACCAGCGACAGAUAUAUCGCAAGUGGCAACCGGGUGAUGUGUAUGCGCCACAUGAUCUGAGCGGUAUUGAGCAGAAGAAGUGGAAGCAGGGGCGCAUGAAGCCACAGGAAGAUGCUUUUGAUAUCCUAGGUAUCAAUCCGGUUCUGGAAUACAAGAACUUCACAAUGAUGUCUGAAUACAUGACCGAAAUGGGCCGGAUAAAGCACUCCAAAGACACUGGUCUACGACCAAAGAACCAGCGAAAGAUUGCAAAGGCAAUACGAAGGGCGGUUGGCCUGGGCCUGAUGCCUAGUGUGCACAGGCAUCCAUUGGUGCUGAAGAAGAGUUCACCGGCGAGGUUCUUGUAGUCUUUGCUUGUACGAUAUCAACGUGAUUUACAAAUCUUGUCAGAGCAUACACAUAGCGUGGAAGAAAUUGCCGUGUCAUACUUUUC